UAUCCCUUUCAUGUAAAAAUGAGGAUUUCAGCUGUAGAUACAAUUGUCGCUGAACCAUGACUACCAGCAGCACAUUGUUUGUGCGAAAUCUUGCGUUUGGGACAAAAAAGGAUGAUCUUUCGAAUUUCUUUUCAGAUAUCGGUCCUAUAAAGCACACAGUAGUUGUCACCAAUCCUGAAACAGGGGAAAAUCGUGGUUAUGGAUUCGUUACAUUUUCCAUGGUGGAGGAUGCGCAACGCGCCAUUCAAGAAUUAAAGAAUAGAAAACUCAAUGGUAGAAUUUUGCGUAUAGAUUAUGCUGCCCAUCGUAAACGUACGGCUCCCUCUGAGGACAAAGAAAAGGAGCUGAACGAAGUCAGUAAUCGAAAACCACAGGGACCUCGAAAAGAUAACCGUCCUCGCUUGAUUAUUCGAAAUCUUCCUUGGUCAAUUAAAAAGCCAAACCAUUUGGAACCCUACUUUGCAAAAUUUGGAAAGAUCCGAGAAAUUCGAGUACCCACGAAAGCUGGCGGUCGAAUGUGUGGUUUCGCUUUUGUAUGGAUGCAAGACCGUGAAGCUGCUCAAAAAGCCAUGGAAGCUGUUAAUGGUACAGAACUUGAUGGCCGCCCUGUUGCUGUUGAUUGGGCUUUGAGUAAGGAUGCUUAUGAGUCGAAUGUAACAUCACAGGAAGAUAAUGAUGAACCUGCUCAAGAGAACGAUGAAAGUGAUCAAGAAGAAAUGGAAAAGGAUGCAGAUACUAACUCUGCUGCUCAGCAUUCUUCAAUUGUGCCUGAAAAUAGUGAUGAAGAAGACUUGCAAACUGGUGAAAAAGAGGAAUUAGACACAUCUUCUACUGAAGAAGAAAAUUCCGAAUCCGAAGAUGAAGUAAUUCAGCCGAAGCAAAAUUUAGGAGGUACAAUCUUUGUUCGUAAUAUUCUUUUUGAGUGUACCGAACAACAAUUAUACCAACAUUUCCGUCAAUUUGGGCCAUUAGCUUAUGCGAAAAUAGUCAGAGAUCCUGUCACUGAUAAACCAUUAGGCAGAGCCUUUGUAAAAUUUCGUUAUGAAAAAGACUGCAACGACUGUCUUGAAUUGGCUGCCCAAGUACCGAAAUCCGAUCCCACUGUCGCUGAACAACGUCUUUUGCCUUCGGUGUUAGUGGAGGAAAAUAUGAAUUUGGACACUGUGGCAUCUCGUUUCUUGCUGAAUGGUCGUCUUCUUAAUAUUUCAAAAGCCGUUACUAGAGAAGAAGCUGGAGAUCUUACUCAAAAGAGUAUAGCCGAGCGAAAACUGAAAUUAGGAAAAGGAGUGGAUAGAAGACACUUGUUUUUAUUGAACGAAGGACGUAUUGGUCCAGGUCAUCCUCUUUUCGAUAAAUUAUCAGACACUGACAAAUCAUUGAGAUCGAUGUCUAUUAACCAGCGUAAGAAGCUCUUAGAGACUAAUCCUACUCUUCACUUGUCUUUGAAUAGACUCUCGAUUCGAAAUAUGUCUCGCCACAUUGACCACAAAAUGUUGGCAUUCUUAGGUCGUCAAGCUAUUCGCUGUUUUAAAGAAGACGUUGAAAAGGGACUACGUCAAGACCUUUCUGAUGAAGAAAAAUCUCGCGAUAAAGGUCAAUCCAUACAACGCGGUAAAAACGGUAGUGUUUUAAAACAAGCCAAGGUCGAACUGGAAAAAUCAGGUGCAGGUAGAUCCAAAGGUUAUGGUUUUUUACAAUUUGUUUCUCACAAGUACGCACUUAUGGCUUUGCGCUGGUUAAAUGGCAGGGAAGUCACUGUUCGUAAGAUAAUCCAAGAUGAAAUUGAAUGGGCACGUUCUCAUAAACUCCCUGAACCAGAAAUGCCUACAGUAGAUUUCAAUGAUCGUCCAAGAAGACUGAUUGUUGAGUUUGCCAUUGAAAAUAUCAAAGUAGUCAAGCGCCGCCAAGAAAAAGAAAUUACAUUCCGCGAAAAGGCAAAACAAAUGCGAGAAAAGAAAGAAGAGGAAGCUCAACAGCAGAAACGCAAACGAAAAGACUCAUCUGGCGAUGAUAGUGAAAAGGAGAAAAAGGCCAAGGUUGCUCGAAUUAUUCAGCAGAAACGUAUGAAAAGAAGGCAGCGAAAACAUUAAGUUUGACGGUUUUCAUGCGGCAUAUCACGUUCAAAUUUCACUCUUUAUUUGAUUGGAUUUUGUUACAAAAACAUGCAUUCAAAAAAAUUUUGGUCACGUUGACUUUUACCUAACAUUUCUUUUACAUUUUAGAUACAUCGGGUUUUUUGGGAAAUUAAUGUACGCAUAAUAUUCUUUACAAUAAAAUUAAAAGCAAUUAUCAGUAAAAGAGAUGGUAUGUACUUAAUUUAGGUUGAAGUAGAAAAACGAU